UAACUGAAAUGGCCACACUGUACACAGAGUUUUCUAUACGCGACGCUGACGAAGAGGAAGAAAUUUUCCAGAAGUUGCAAGGCCCAUAAAUAGUGCAAAAUAGUUACUAAAUUUAAGUUCAAAGUGUAAAUAGAUAUUAAUCGGAUCGCGACAAUCUCUUGGGCAGCGAAUUCGAAAGUGGAAAAGUACGUGGAUACGAUAAGAAAAUAUAUCGCGAGUGUGAGACUGUGUGCGUGCGUACUAAAGUGGAGCGCACACCGUGGAUGGCUCUCCACAACAAUACAACAGCAACAAUAAACACAGCAAUAGCAACAACACAAAUAACAAAUGCAGAAAAUGUUGAGAAAAUCACAGAGAGAGCGAAAGGCGAGAGAACAAUAGCGAAAGCGUUAGAAUGUAAAGCAAUCGAAGCAUUAAAUAGAGUACAAGUACAGCAAUUGCAUUGGAAAAUCAAAUUCGUGCGACAAAAGCGGACGAUUGCAGAAAUUUUCGAAACUUGGCAGCCAUAUUUACUACAAAAACAACGCCGUUGUAAAAAUACGUGACAAAACGCUACACACGUUCAUACACCCACACACUCUCAUACGCCAACCAGCACACAAACACACGCGCGUAUUGAAGGAAAAGAAAACGAACGAGGGGAUAGAGCGGGAGAAGAGGAGAAAGAGAGACGCGAACGACGUGAAUUAACAAACAAACAAAUAUUUUUGCGAAAAAGACAAACACAAAAAAUUCAAUAAAGUGUAUUACAUAAACAAACAGAGCGUCUUCGAUAUUAUGGAAAUUGCGCCACUGAUAAAUAACGCCGUUGCUGUCGUCACAGCCUCUGCCGCCGUCGCCGCCUCUGCCUCUGCUUCGACCAACGGCGGCAGCAGCAAGGAGAAUGAUAACGUCAACAAUCUGGCGCUGCUCGCUUCGUUGACUUUACAGAAAGUGCUGAAUAUCAACAAUAACAAUACCCCGCACAACAACAAUCACAACCACAACAACAACAGCAAUAUCAACAGGCAACUCGAGCAACAAAAACAGCAGAAACUACGACGAAACCUCGAUAAUAAGAGCGAGAAUGAUGUAUUGAAUCAAUUGCUUAAAACUGGAGCUGUUUUCACCAAAACCGCCACGCCCACGGCGCCCAUAGCCAUUGAGAAGAGGAAGGUAUCGCAACAGCAAAAUCAAUAUGGCCAGCAGCAAAAUAAUCAGCAGCAACAGCAAUUCAGCGCACAGAAGCAACGUCUCAACUCAUCCAUAUCAUCGACCCACUCAUCGACAUCGACCAACUCCUCGUACGGCAGCAGCUCCUCGGAAGAUGCGGCAGCCACAUCAGCAACUUCAGCGAGUUUGGCAACAUCCAGAACAACCAACACGAAGGCGUCCAGCAUUAAAUUGCCAGAGAAAUCAAAAAUUCCGUCCGAUAUACUUGAUGAUCUGGCCAGUCGGUUCAUAAUCAAUGUACCGGACAUGGAACUAAAUAAUUUAAUUCGAAUCUGUUUCCAAGUGGAGCUGGCCCAUUGGUUUUACUUGGAUUUCUUUUGUGCCCCCGAAGAGGGCGGCGAGGUCCAGCGAAAGUUGCCAACGGUUGGCAUCAAGCAGUUUGCCAUGCAGUUGUUCCAACACAUUCCCUUUUUGAACAAGCACCAUGGCACCGUGGAUCAAAUUCUGGACGAGUGGAAGAACUACAAGCUGUCGGUGCCCACAUAUGGAGCUAUUUUGGUAUCCGAGGACCACAAUUAUUGCUUGCUAGUGCAGUCCUACUUUGCUCGCAACUCCUGGGGCUUUCCCAAGGGCAAGAUAAAUGAGAACGAGGAUCCGGCACACUGUGCUACAAGAGAGGUUUAUGAGGAGACCGGGUUCGAUAUUACGGACAACAUCGAUGCCAAUGACUACAUUGAGGCUUUCAUCAACUACCAGUACACGCGGCUGUACGUGGUGCGCAACAUACCGCUGGACACGCCGUUCGCACCCCGCACCCGCAACGAGAUCAAAUGCUGCGACUGGUUCCGUAUCGAUUCUCUGCCGGUGAACAAGAACGAUGCCAUAUCGAAGGCCAAGCUGGGCAAGAAUUCCAACUCCUUCUUCAUGAUCAUACCGUUUGUGAAGCGCCUGAAGAAGUGGGUGAACGAUCGCAAGGCUGGCAUCGAGCCGCAUCGUCGCAAAUGCUCUGGCCAGCACUCUCCGAAAGCCGCAUCGCCCACAAAUCUGAAUGGCAGCGGCGGCAGCUGCUGCAAGAAGGAUGCGGCAGCGAAGGGGAAUGCAUCGCGUCGCCAGCGACACAAGUCUAUGGGCGAUUUGGACGGUGUCAAGUUGAAUAAUCUCAAUGGCAAGGCAGUGGCUCCGGGUACGGGGCCAGCAGCAGCUCCCGCCACAGUUGCCGUAGCCAUCAACUCAAUGAAUAUUUGCAAUAGCAAUGGGAAACGCAAUAAACAAAAUGCGGCUGCGGGCAGCAAUCAAACAACGCCACUAACAACAACAGGGACGGGCUCAAAUGGAGCCGGAGGAGGAGGAGGUGUCACAAUUUCCUCGAAGCGUCAGCUGUUUCAUAGCCAAAGUCAGAACGAUGCACAGCAGUCGGCAAGCACAGAAAAGAUUGUCAGCUCUUUUGAUUUGAUACGCAAGGAGAAGCAGCUACAACAGAAGGCAGCCAAGGCACUGAAGCAGCAGCAACAACAAAUCCAGCAGCAGCAGAUGCAGCAGCAGCAUCAGCAACGAUCACGCACCAAAUCCCAGAGUGAUAAGCAGCCGCCUGUAAGGAUCUUGGGCCAGCAACCACAGCAAACCACAACUGGCGUGGAUUUGAUAGCAAUGCUAUCGGCCGCAGCAGCAGCAGCAGCUCAAAAGACACCAAAGACCGAGCAGCAGCAGCAGCAGCAGUCGCAGCAACGACCAAGACCAGCCUCAGUGUCGCUGAACUUUGGCGAAGUAAGAGCAGCACCAAACGCUGCCGAUGCCCAAGGCGAUAUGCACAAGCUGCAGCGCAUGGCUUCGGGCACAAAUUUAAGGAUUCUGAAGCGGGCACAGUCGCAGCAACCGCAGCAGCAGCAGCAGCAGCAUCAGAAUCUGAUCCAGCAACAGCAGCAGCCUCAGCUGGGCGGCGUUGACUUUACGCCCAAUUUCAAUUCGUGGACAAAUUUCUCAUUCACCAAGAACUUUAUAGCAAAUGUGUUUUGCUAAAAACCUUUUAUUUCUUUUCGAGUCAAACCAAACGCUUCCCUUUCAAAUUCUCAAGUGAUGCAAAAGCAAAGGUUAUGGGGGGAAGCACUCUCUGUGCGCAUUAGGGAACCGAAUGAAACUUUGGAGACUUGCCAAUGAAAAUGAAAUCAUGCCGAAUUGCAUUUAAAGGUUUAAUUAAACACUACAACAACUACCAACACUUGAUAGACCAUUAAUCGUGUCUAGUCCUAGGCUUUGGAGACUACAUAUAUAUUGUAUAAAAGUUAAGCUUCCUGAUCUCUAAACUGGAGAUUUGACUUUUUUCCCCCCCAACACAUAUUCUUAAAAAAUCGAUGAGACAUUUUUUAAUACGAAAAACGAAAACGAUAAAGCGAUUUUCAUACCAAAAAAUAACGCGAGUCUUCCGCUCAGCACAGCACCUGUAAAGUAAUAUUUUGUAUAAACACUGAAAACCAACAAGGUUCAACUUUAAGAUCAAAGUGAGAACACGAACAGAGAUUGAGUAAUAAUAAUGCUAGAAUUCUUUCGGUAUUAAUAAAAGUGUUUAUUAUCGCGCCGUUUAAACGUAUUUUUAGAGCAAAAAAAAACCCAACAAACUAAAUCUAAACUUAACUUAAAGCGUAGCUUUAACACAAGGCCCGAAAACAGAUUGUUUGGUAGCCUUUCUGCGGGCCAAGAUGAGAUGGAAAAUUUUCAGGGCCGUUUUACUUACUGCCCGCCCCCCACCUACGAAUGAUAGAAUGAGGAGAACGAGAGAUGUGUAAGAGAGAAUACAAAAUAAUAACAAUGUAAAUAAUUAAAUUGUGAUAUAGUGUAUUUCUUAGCACAAUUGUGAUCUUAACAAAAAACAAAAAAAGAAAACGGCUGGCAACUACAAACAAAACUUUUAUAAGCAAAAAAACAACAACAUUUUAAUCAAUCGAAACAUUAAAAAUAAAAUAAAAAUGUCCCGAAAACUGAGACCCAAUAUCAGGCAUAUCUUCAGCAGCAGAAACAUUAGAGAUAACCAAAACAUUUAACGAAUUUAAAUUAGUUUAAAAUUGAAAUUGAAAUUGCCUAAAAAUGAUAAUGAUUUAUAUGUAGAGAAAAGGUAUUUGAGCGAUUUGUAAAUUUUACGAUAAACCAGACGGAAUGAGUACGUAUAUAUAUUUUUGUGAGCCACUAGUGCGUAAGGAAGAGCCUUUAAGAAAUGUUAAGUCUUUUGAUAGAACUCCUUAAGGAUGUUUUUCUACCAAGCCAAGUUUCCUAUAAUUCGUAAGCAUGUCGCGUUUUCUGCUGUGUAGUCUCCAAUGUUUCCAGCAAAGUCUCCAAAACAGAGUUGCCCUUUUAGCGUAUAUUGUACUAUGUAUAUCUUAAGCCUAAGCAAGGAAAGGCAAGGUCUCCAAAGAAAUCAAGAGAGGUUACCCCUGUAACUUUGUCUUUUUGCAUUCAAUUCGAUCAUGUUUAAUAUCAAUCAAAUUUAGAUGAUGAAAUUUGCAUUUGCAUUUGCUUUAAAUCUUUUACUACUGACCUUUAAAGCUUUUUGAAAAGCCAUAUUAAUUUUUAUGUUACAAAAUAACUGAACUUAAAAUUUGUUUUAAACAUUUCUCUUUUAAUUUGGAUUCGGAUUACUUUCUAUUUUUUAAACAAACUUAUUUUAGGAAACUUUAAUCCGUUUCCCACCCCUGCGUCAGACAAAUGUCCAACGAAAUUGACAAUACAUUUGGAACCAAUUCUAAUCCGUUAACUCUUCAGCUCUUUUACUUUAACUUUUAAUUUCCUUUGACAUUUGUCUGUGCCAAAUAAACAACAACAACAAAGAAACAUCAAACUUAUCCAGCAAGCAAUGAAUAUCAAAUUAAGAACAAGAACAGCAUUGUUACAGCUUAAUACAAAAUUAAACCCAAAACAAUAUAUUGUACAAUUUUGUUAAGAACAAAAGGAAAUCAAAAAACGAAACCAAAAUUAAAUCAAAACCGAUGCCUAAUCUGUUGAAUCCUUAGCUCUCCAACCCCGAAAAUACAAUAUUAGAGUUCAUUAUUUACUCUUUCGCCAAUCACACACCAAAGACCUUAUAAUAACAAGAUGCAUAACGGCCAUAAAAUUAAAUUGUCUUCUCAAAUACAAGAAUUGGGUUUUAAAGAACAGAGCCUGGUUUGAGCACGAAUAAUUCGAGUACAGAAAAAUCGUAUUGCGUUACUCAUCUUGUUAUUAUAACUUCUUUUGCAUACACCCAUAGACAUAGCAAUACAUCAAUUACGUUGGUAAUAAGCGGGCUCCUGUAACCAUCGACACAAAUAAGUUAAUUUAAGUGAACUUUGGAUGCGAUUCAAAUCUUGCCAUCAGUUGAAUGUCCAAAUACUCGUUCCAAACUACAAAUUUGCUAUGCAUUUUAAUCAUUGUAUCCCAAAAAAACAAAACAUAAUGUGAAAUCUGUCAACACGUCCACAAACUAAGAAAAAUAUGGGUUGAAUCUGCACAAGAAUAGAUUUGCUCAAAAUUUCCAAAAAAAACAAACCAAAAAUAUUGGAAAUCCUGCGGAAAUUAAAGCAAAUUAGCAGGUUGAGUAAAUCUAUUCUGUAGUGGCAGUAAUCAUAAAAUAUCAAAAAUACAAUUUGUAGAAUUUAAUGCCAAAACAAAAACUUAACUCUCUCCAAUCAUGAACAACAAUUGUAGCGUAAUAAUUAUCAGAUGAAUAUAGUUUCUGGCAAACAAAAUAUAUAUUUCCAUUAUUUUCAGUCCCCAAAAAUUCCGGCAAUAAAUUGAUGUACCCCCAGUUUUAA